CCAUUCUUUCGACAUUCCUGCCUGUUGCUGCAGCUUAGCCAUCAUCAAACAUAACUAAAUCCAAUAAUUAUCGCGUCCCACAACCCUGUGGGUGGGAGUGACAGAUCUGGUUGGGGGAAAGACAUGUGCCUGGUCUCUCUGUGGCUCGGAGGCUGGCCAGGAGAAUCAGUAUCGUCAACAUCAUCAUCAUCAGCAGCCAUCAGCCAUCAGCAUCUCAGCAUCUCAGCAUCGUCGUCACCCGGAGUGUUGCGGCUGUUACCUGCCUUCAUUUCUGGUGUUGUGACUCAGAGCUGCAUCGGAAUGCAUCCAAUCAACGCUGGAAGGGGGGUUAGACAGGCUGAGAGAUUUUCAUUCGUCUUGAUGGUGGUGAGUUGCCUGGAGGUUGCUUACAAAGAUAAUAGCUCCAUUUAGAUCAGUCCCGAAAAGGCAUUUCCAACGAUCUUGUCACAGUAUUGAUAAGUUGCAGCAGUCGUGGUUGUUUGAUGUUCUGGGAAACAGCCAGUCCCUGCAGGCA